GACUGGUAUAACUGGAAUUCGCGGAGAAAAAAGAUUGACUCUCAUUUGAUCGCCCUGAUACGCGAACAAGAAGAUCGAAAACCCCAAGAUUUAGGGUUUCUGUAUAAUUUUUCUCUACUCUUACACGAAACCAGUAAGUUAAUCUGAUCAGUCAUUCGAUUCUUUAAAUGGAUUCUAAUUCCUCUCUUUCAAGUAUGGGUUUAUAUGGCUUUGCAUGUGUUCUUGUUGAUUUCUUGGGGCUUCUAGAGUUGAAGUUCUUGCUAGAAUUCUUUAUUUCUUCAGUUAAAAUGGCUACUUCUGUUCCUUCGGUGGUUAAUUUUGAGGGUAAUUUGUGCUUUGGGAAAACUGCGGGAAAGUAUUGAAAUUUGAAAUUCGGGUGUGGCUUCUAAGUUGGGGAUUUAGCGAGCAUGCCGUACGCUUCCAGAGAAAUUGAAGAGAAGACAGUGACGAUGCUUGUUUUUUUUCUGCCUCUUUUGAGAGAAUUUAAAUAUUCAACAAUGGGGUUGUCUUGUUGGGUUAGAAGAAUUCGAGCAUCUUGCAACGGAAUUUGGUGAUACAGUUAAUGGAUGCAUUAUUUAUUUCUGUUUUAAUCUUUUUCAUGGUCUCUUUUGGUUCGUGAAAAAUGUAAGAAAACGGGAGGAACGAAAUUUGAUACCUGACCUCCUGCAUACUUUGGAAUUACUGACAUUCAUUCCCACUUGAGUUGGUAGAAUUGCGUAGCUUAACAAUUGGGCAAGGUUACAAAAUAAAUCAGAAAUUUUUUUGGUUGUUCUGAAGGACGAAAGAAUAGAAUUAGCUUUAAUUUGGGAGUGAGGAUGUUGGGAAAAAAAUGCCCAGUUGAGAGAGCACAUGAAUGUACAAGGCUCGCUAUUGAGAAGUUCAGUUCGAGACUCGUGCUUUGUGACAACAUAGAUGGCAAAUUCAUGAGUAUCUGAUUUUUGGUUUUUGUUUACUUUAUUUUUGAAACCAUAAACUGUGUUAAUAUAGAGUUGUACUUGUGAGGGUGUUCUAGAUGUUAAUUUUCCGAUGGAUUUAUAAUGAGAAUACAGUUAUUGUUUCUCAUGUCACUCAAUGUUAUGCACACUACCAUUCAAUCUAAUACCCUAUCCUGUUUUAUGUGGUAGCUUUUAGUUUACUGAUUUACAACUUCGCAUUUGGAUGCAGAAAAGGUAUGACAGAGAAUAAUAAUUUCUCAUCUCAGAAGGUUAUAUUUUAUUAUAUUUGAGAACUUAAGAACUUUUUGUUCCCAAAUGUUUGUCUUUUGAUUCAAAAUCGUGAGAUGGUUGACAUGAACUUGUUUGAGUUCUCCCACCUCUCCACCACCACCUGACACAUAAAACCAAGGGGAAAAAGGAAUAAAAGAAAAGCUAUAUUCUGUUCAUCUUUUCAUUUCUCUGGGAUUUAAGUGGCACUUUUAUAUAAGAGCCUGUCGUGAUUUUUAUUCCCUUUAUUUAUUUUUGUCUUUUUAUCAGUGUGAUAGAGCAUUGGUGAUACUUUCUUGGGAGGGUUUCCAUCUGAUUGAAAUUCCAGAAUUUUUAGGGAGCGAUUUUAUUUUUUCGUUCAUAAAAAGAAGGAAUAAUUUCUCUUUCAGAUUUUUUUCUCCAAUAGUAGGUAGGGAGUGGAUGAUGCAUUUGCACCAUUUCGCCCCCUUCUUUUGCAAAUUCUUUCCAAGAGCCUCUGGGGGUCCAGAGGUUGGCUGUUGUUUGAGAAACUUAAGGGAUGCAAUCAAAGUCAAAUGAAAAUCAGGAAGCACCUGACCCAGACGGCAUACCACCUAACACAAUGUAUGUUGAACCCUGGUGGCGAAGUAUUGGCUAUAAUUCCAGCAACCCGGUUGUGACCCAGGAGAAUCCAUCAGACUCAUCUUCGCAGGGAGGGCAAAAUGGCUCAGAGUCGGAUGACGAUCACUCUCUAUCUAAAGGCAGACAAGGGAGGGAAGGAAAUGUGGUUAGAAAAGAAAGGCAAGCCACUGCAUCUUCACGAUCGGCAGGGAAUUAUGGAGAAGGAGACCAAAAUCUGCAGCAUGUUGCGUCAAUUACACCAAUGAUGCAGGAUGAGUCUAUUGCUCAACCUACACAGCUUGAACUUGUUGGUCACUCAAUUGCAUGUGCAUCAAAUCCAUCCCAAGAUUCAUUUUAUGGUGGGAUGAUGAGUUUUGGGCAUCAACCUUUGGGUUAUACUCCGUUUGUUGGAAUGCCUCAUGCUAGAAUGCCAUUGCCUCUGGAGAUGGCACAAGAACCUGUUUACGUGAACGCAAAACAGUAUCAAGGAAUUUUGAGGCGAAGACAAGCACGUGCCAAGGCAGAGAUUGAAAAGAAGCUGAUAAAAAAUAGAAAGCCAUAUCUUCAUGAAUCUCGGCACCAGCAUGCUAUGAGAAGGGCGAGGGGCAAUGGAGGACGUUUUGCGAAGAAAACAAAUGAUGUUGCAUCCAAGCAUUCAAAUGGUGAUGCCUCUGGUCCAACCUUCUCAUCUCAGUCUUUCAGUUCAUCAGGUUCGGAGCCAUUGCCAUCUGACUCCACUGAGAUGUGGAAUUCAUGUAAUAGUCGGAAAGAUCCUCGAGGGGCCCAAGGGCAGGACACAUUUGAGUCCCACAAUCAUGUAAAUGGCAACGGCAACCACCAGAAUCACAAUGGGAUUCAAUCCAUCCCUUCUAAUAUUCACUCAGUCGAGAGAGGCGAGGGUGAAGACUAUCUGGACCAACAACACAGAAGCUACUCCUCAAACCAGACUUUGCAGAGGCAUGGUUCAAAUCAGUGAACAACACAAACGUGACGUGUACCAAGGCAGAGGAUUAAAAUCAUCCAGUUAAUAGAUUAGUGAAGGAUGAAUCCUCUCUUAAUUUGGUAAAUCAUAGGCUGGCAAUUUUUGUCAGACGGCAAAUCAUUCUUGGCUGUUUUUACACUUAUUGCGGCGUGGAUUGGGAUGAUGAAUAUACUGUAUGUCUUCUUUUGUCUGCAGAAUUGUUAUAUUUCGUCAUCUUUCUUCCCGUUUGUCUAUUUGUACAGAGCGAUACUGUUGGAUGUCUGAGUAGACCUAGCUUUUUCUGUAGUUCUUGUAACAGUUACAAGCAGCUUUUCGUGCUUGUGUGAAAACUUGUUCCCGGUUUGAUUGGAAGAAUAUUACGUCCGGUAACUUGUUCAUUUGA